AUGAAUAUUGGCGCGGUAAAAAGACAUACGAGAGAAGAAAAACGACCGAUUCUUCUCUCCUUGCGCUUCAUCUGUUUCCUCUCCGUGGUGGCCGUGUUCGCGCGAAUUUCAUCUUCUUCUCCUUCUUCUGUAGCACUCAUCGGUAAAAGCACUAGCGCUUCCGAGGACGAAAAUGACGAUGUUAACACUCGAAACGACGACGAGGAGGCAGAGGACGAGGAUGCACGUUUUCCCAGAAAUGGCUUUCCGAGCGGCGCUCGUGAAAGAGGAAACGACGGAAUGGUGAGAGAGACUUUGCUGAGAAAGUGUUCGAGGCAAAGACGAUUCAGACGAGGAGGAAGAGAAGACGACGAGGAAGACGCGGACGACGAGGAGACGCAACGAGUAGGACAAGAACAAGAAAGAAGAGUGCAAAAAUCGUGGAUUUUCCAAACGAACGCGAAACGAUUAGGCUACGUCCACAUGGCGUCGAUACACCCGGUGGCGACGAAGACGCGAGGAAAGGACGACGACGACGACGACGACGGGAAGAAGGUACUCCUCGCCGCGUGGCAAGGCGCGCACAAAGUGGAAGGCACGGACGACCAGAGUUUAUUUGUGAGCAAAAGCGCGGACGGCGGCGCGACGUGGACGAAAGCGAGGGUGGUGCCCGGUAGAAAGUUUGGCGUUCGGUGGGCGCCGACGUUUUUUAGCAGCGGCAGUAGCGGCAGUAAUAGUGGUGGUGGUGGUGGUGAGACGACGUAUUUGUUUUACGCGGAGAGCGAGAAGUGUUGGCACUGCGAGAGCGGCGAGUGCGAGGAUAUCGUGAGGAAACGGAAAAACGGGUCCGAAGAAGAAGACGUGUCCGUGUACUGGGACGAGAGUAAAGAAGGCAUCGUGUCGAAAGCAAAGAAAGCGGCGAGCGUAGGGCCGUGGUGGCGACCUGGCGGGAACAUCAAGCGAGUCUCGAUUCGGAUAAACGACGACGAGGAUAGGGAUAUCAACGACGACCCGUGGACGUUUGGCGAGGAAGAGACGAUUCUGAGCGAAGAAACCAUCCCGAAAGUUAUCGGGAACCCUCCGUUAAAAUUGAACAACGUCGUCCUUCUUCCAUUUUGGAGAGAACAUCCGAGAGCGGAUGCCAAAUGUCAACCUCGGAAAGCACCGGAUUACGCCUCCGUGUUGCAUUCUUUAGACGACGGCCUCUCGUUCCACGAGACAGACGCGAAAAUCGAACACGUGAAGAAUAAAAUGAAAGACGGCAAACCGGAUUGGCUCAUCGAAGGGUCCAUCGUUGGCCCGUUACGAGACGGUCGACUCGCGCAGUUCUUUCGAACGAGCCGAGGCGCGAUAUAUGUCUCGCAUUCCGCGGAUAACGGCGAAAGUUGGGACACUCCACACGCGACCCCGUUACAAAACCCAAACUCGAAAGUCUCCGCAGUGUUGCUUCCAAACGGCGUCAUCGUCGUCUGCCACAAUGCGCACGCCUUCAUGAAACACCCAAGAAUAGGCGUCACGCGAGGUAAGCUCGCACUUUCCACCUCCUCCGACGACGGCAGAACCUGGAAAGAAGCCGUAUUGUUCAUCGAAGACUCCUUAGAGCCGGGAAAACACGUCCAUUAUCCAACCAUGGUUCUCGACGGGUGCGAUUUACGCAUCUCCUAUUCCGUUUCCGGCGAAGGCGUCAAGUUAGCCACGGUGAAGGAUUGGGCCUCGUUGCACGAAAUUGAAGGCAUCGAAGACGUCGACGAACAGAGAAUCGCGUAUUAUUAG